AUGCGCCCGACAGCCAAGCGCGUCGUGUACAUCGUCGCCGGCGAAGCAUCGGGCGACGCCAUCGGCGCCAAGCUCAUCCGUGCCCUCCAGACCAAGGAGCCUUCAGUCACCUUUCGAGGCGUUGGCGGACCGCAGAUGACCGAGCAAGGCCGCUUCGCAUCGCUCUUUCCCAUGAAAGAGCUCUCGUUCAUGGGUCUCACCGAAGUGCUGCCUAAGAUCUGGUCGACGCUGGGCCAUCUGCGCGCCGUCGUCAAGGACAUUCACGCCUGCGCGCCGGACGCGGUCGUGACCAUCGACUCGAAGGGCUUUACGUUUCGGGUGCUGCGCAUCUUGAGCGCCCAAGGCCUUCUCUACCACGCGCUUUCCCAUGUCGAAAAGAUCGACGUAGCGUCCGUGCGCCGCAAGGCCGCCGUCGUGCACUACGUAGCGCCGUCCACGUGGGCGUACACACACAAGUUCAAGCACAUGGAGGCGACGGCGAAUGGUCUCUCGCGCCUCAUGGAUCACAUGCUCGUGCUCCUGCCCUUCGAAGCGCCUCUCUUCCAGCCGCGCACAAUGACGCGACCGGUCGUGACCUUUGUCGGCCACCCGGCGCUCGAAGACUUUGGCGACGUCCACCACCUCUUUGAGAUGACUGUGCCGACGCUCGACGCGUCAUCGGAUGACACGGCGCUACUGCCAUCGUCGCCGUGGCUGCCGUACGAUGCGUACGCCGCGCGCAAGACGCAAGCGAUCCUAGCGACGCUCGCCGCCGAACGAGCGCAGCCAAAGGCGGCAACCUGGACCAUCGUCGCCCUCGUCGGCAGCCGCGAGAACGAGGUCCUGCAGACGAUCUCGCUCGUUCGCCAAGCCAUUGAGCUCUACUCUGCCCAAGCGAGAAACGCGCCGAUUCACGUGGUGUUUCCGACAAUAUCGGCGGUCGCACCGCUCGUCCACGCCCACUUGGCCGACUGGUCGAUGCCGUUUACAGUGCACGUCACCGACGACGCGAGCAAGAAGCGCUCCCUGUUUCAGCAAAGCCAUGUCGCGAUUGCCGUCUCGGGCACGGUCGUGCUGGAAGCAGCGCUCGCGGGGCUGCCGACGGUCGUCAUCUACCGCGCGAAUCGCGUCACUGAGUUACUUGCUCGGUUUCUCGCGCGCGUCCAGCAUGUCUCUCUGCCCAACAUUAUGAGCUCUCGCACCUUGAUGCCCGAAGUGCUCUUCUCCGAGUGCACCCCGAUCAACAUUGCUGCUGCGCUCACGUAUUGCGCCGUGGCACUUAAUGCAUGGUCCAACGUCGUGCUGUCGUAG